AUGAAAGCUGGCCUGAAGCUGCUCCAAUACCCUCCGUGCCGCGUGCCCUUCAUUCUAGCCCCUCCCUCCCUGGCCAUAGUCGGCGACGCCACGCCACACUAUACAGACUACCCAAGAUUCGCCGACUCCGAGCCGCAGCAUCCAUCGACAGCAUUCGCCAUGUCGACGGCUCCAGUGAAUAGGCAGACCUUCAUUGGUCUGCUCAUCUUUCUCUUCUUCCUGUGGACGCUCUCGACCUUUACCCAGACAACGUCGACAACGCCUACACACGUUACACACGACCAGCAGUCUGCCAAUCCUGUAGGCCAUCCGCAGUACCCGAACAGCAAUAGCAAUGCCGCGGAUAAGCAGAAGCCCGACAAGUCCUCGAAGCCGUCCCACGAUGUUUCAAAACCAGACAAGUCGCCAGAGUACUCCCUCCCGCCAUGGUACGAGGACGACGAAGACAAGGCAGACAAGGCAGCUUCACAAACGACUGCCAAGGGAGCGAAGGAGACCGCAAGCGCAGCCUCUAACAAGGGCGCGAGCAAGAGCUCGUCUGCCUCUACGUCCCUGAAGUCGCAUUCGUCUUCUACCACGUCGAAAGAAUCGUCCGGCUCCAAGGACCGCAGCCGUCCCCUAAUCCUCUACGCCUACGCCGAGUCCGACGCCGGCCGCGAGAACCUCCAAUUCUUCGUCAAGCAGGGCCUGCACGACGCUGCCGACUUCAUCUUCAUUCUCAACGGCGAGACCAACGUCAACAGUAUCAUCCCGGAAAAGGACAACAUCAAGAUUAUUGCUCGGGAUAACACCUGCUUCGACCUUGGCGCGUACGGCGAGGUGCUCCGGAAGGGAGAUCUCUACAAGAAGUACAAGCGAUUCAUCACCAUGAACGCUAGUAUCCGCGGUCCCUUCCUGCCUCACUGGGCGCAGUCGUGCUGGACUGACAUGUACCUGGACCGCCUCACGGAUGAAGUCAAGCUGGUCGGCAUGACGGCAAACUGCUGGCCCCGAUUCCACGUCCAGUCCAUGAUCUGGGCCACCGACAGCGUAGGCAUCGAUCUGCUCCUCAAUCCCCCUCCGGGCUCCUCUGUCAAGGAUGACUUCGGCACCGAGAACGACCCUGUCGGCCUGGGAGGCUGCUACGACGGCUGGAACCACGCCGUGCAUGCAGAGAUUGGUGCUACGGGCACCUUCUUGAAGCAAGGUUACAAGGUGGACCUGAUGAUGACGGCGUUCCAAAAGUCCAAGAAUUACAUUGAGGAGUGCGACACGUCGCAGAAUGGUGAUGUUCUUUGGAACGGCAAGUACUUUGGCACCAACGUGCACCCGUACGAGACGAUCUUCAUCAAGGCCAACCGCGACAUUGACCCGACUUUGAUUGAGCACUUGACGACCUGGCACCAAGCGUCCGGCUUUGACAGCUAUGCCGCUUGCAAGUCGAGCUAG